AGCUCCGAACACCGUUAGGAGCAAUCAUUGGUGUAUUAUCAGCAUUUGAAGAUACUCCGCUAACUAAGGAUCAGAAAGAAAUGGUUCAUAUAAUGACACGUGCAUCCGACGUUGUUCUAUCUGUGGUCAAUAAUAUUCUUGAUGCGGCAAAACUUGAAGCGCAGAAAAUCACGCUCUUAAAUAGAACUUUUGACCUACUUCAGGUGGUCGAAGAGACCCUCUAUAUACUUGGAGAGAAGGCAGGCAAUAAACAAAUUGAAUUGGUUUUACGCUACGAUCACAAGACCUUGCCAAAAUAUGUGAAGUCAGAUCCCGACAGAUUACAACAGGUCUUGAUAAAUUUAUUGUCUAAUUCCGUAAAGUUUACAGAGACUGGUGAGGUGGUUCUCCGGAUCUCAAUGGCUUCGUCAAAUAAGUCAGCGAUAGAAGAAAAUAUUGUUGAGAAAGACACAUUAUUCGUGGAAAUAAUUGACACUGGCAUUGGAAUAGAUUCCAAGUUUAUUAAACACAUAUGGGAAAGUUUUGCACAAGCAGAUUCAUCAAUGACGAGACGUCAUGAUGGUACGGGGCUGGGCCUUUCAAUUUGCCGGCAUUUGGUAACCAUAAACGGAGGUGAAUUGGGAGUCACAAGUGAAUUGAGAAAGGGAAGUCGAUUUUGGUUCACCUGGAAUGUCGAGUUGUUGCAAACACAACCAAAUGCAAAUAUUCAACCCAGCUUAUCACUUUCUUCAACCUUGCGAUCCGAACGCAUUCUAGUGAUUGAUCCCGUAAACACGACUCGUAACACUUUAGUUGAAUUUAUUGAGGAUCACGUUAAACGAGUUGACGCAUUUGACACUGCUGAAAAGGGUGUCGCGUCUGCGGAAAUGUGGAAGGAGCAACGUAAUGAAGUAUAUGAUCUUGUAUUUUUCAACAUUGUUGAAGGAAAUGUCGAAGAUGUUAUUAAAGCAACGAAGGAAUUAAAAAGGAUAAGUGGAGAAUACCGACUGUGCAUAGUGUUAAUGGUCUUCUGGUCAGUCAGAGGACGUACACUCGGGAGGGAAAUAAUGAAUGAAGUUGGAGGCCAAAUCACCACAAUAUACAAACCAAUAAUGCAAAACCGAGUAUUAGAAUGCUUAUACAACAAUAAAUCAAUGACCAAUGAAGUUUAUGAUUUCAAUGUCGUUAAAUCCUUGACGGAUUUAAAAGUGGAAAAGUAUUAUCAUCAUAAUAGGCCUUCAGCACACAUAAACAGAAGCAAAGAUUUAUCCUUAAAAAGUAAUGAAAAUACCGAUAAGCUAAAGGGUAUAGGAGAAAUAAAUAAUGGAGAAUCAAAUCAAGAGAGAACUGAGACACUCAAACGACCAACUUUAAAAAGAAUGUCUUCUGGGGCUGAUGAGAUUUCCAGUGAAGAUGAUCACACGUCGAAAUCAAGAACGCGUCCCACUUCAAAAUCAAAAUGUGUACUAUGUGUAGAAGAUAAUCCCAUCAACCUAAAAGUUAUACAACAUCAACUCACAAAACUUGGAUAUCGAUCAUUGUCUGCAACAAACGGGCAGGAAGCCGUAAAUUUAAUAAACAAUUUUGUAAAUCACUCAAAUGAAGGAGAUCCAUCUUCAUCCUCACCUAAUUUACCUUCCGACUGUCGUGAAAAAAUUUCUUUGGUCUUGAUGGAUUGCGCAAUGCCAGUGAUGUCAGGAUAUGAAGCUUCAAAAGCCAUAAGAGAAAUGGAAUCUCCAAUAUCACAAGUACCAAUUAUCGCACUAACGGCUUCAGCCAUUGAGGGUUCGAAAGAAAAAUGUCUUGAAUCAGGGAUGAAUGACUUUAUGACAAAACCGCUGAAGAUGUCGCAACUUAAAGAAAUGUUGAAUAAAUGGUUAUGCGAUUGA